AUGGAACGCCUUAAUUCGUUAGAAGCAACGUCAAAGCGUGAUGAAGAUGACUCAUUACGGUUUGCGUUCUCAUUGCCCUGCUCACCAACCCCUGGAUUCCAACCGGUCAUGGAACGCAGAAAGAGCAGUUCCUUGUCGUCCCUAUCAAGGCCAAUGUUUUAUUUAAAUGCAUCGAAUGGAUCACACAUGUGAGUCAUGGCUCGUAGCCUCGGUUGCACUCCUUGGCAGUAGAGAAAAAUGAUUUGUCUUCCCGUUCUACAAUUAGGACUCAUCAAGUCCUUUUUUAUAUGAAGUGUUUCAGGGAAGAUCAGGUACUUUCCUAAUGAAUGUACUUUGCGACUCAGCAGGUAGUUACCCAGAAAAACCCAAGGAUUAGACACAAUGUCCUCAAAUCUAUCACAGAUAAAGGCCUGAAACGCAUCCGCCCUACUUCGUGCUUCUCUUUCCCCAGUACAUAAAACUACACUUUAAAAGUAAGCUUAAACAAAUAAAACUUGACAAAAGGGGAUCACGAGUCCUUUUGUAUUAUUCGGCACCGAUAGGACGGGCAAGCUGAUCAUCUGGUAAUUAAUGUACUAGACGCGUUCCUUCUGUGACAAAGAAGGCCUCGAAAGGAAAUACUUUGAGAACGCGUAUUUAAAUAACGCUUAAUGAGUAACUAUACUUAACACACCCUGGCUGUUCAGGUAGAGCGGCGCCUAUUUUGCAAAGAUAAUUGCGAUCGAUUAUUUAAGUUGUUCACUUUUCUAAUCUGUGCAAAGUGGAUUGCGUUAUAUGCACACCUGUGCAUCUUGUUUGUCCUAUUUUGACCUGGCUGUAGGGGUUUCGGACAUGAAAUUAUUGUAACCGUCUCUAGACAAAGCUUGUCUAUGGAAGUACGGUCUUAGAGACGAACUGCAGGUGAGACGAAAAGAACUCUUUUCAUUCGACAGCAGUUCAUGCACUGCAUUAGGGCUCUAAACUUCGUUCGGUCUUCAAUCAAAGAAGGUUUGUGGUUCCGCGACAUUCAGCCUCCACCUUCCCCUAUCAAUGUUAUUAGUAGACAGACAAAACGCCCAUGUUUGACUUUUAACCAACAUUUUUUCUUUCAAGCUCCUCUAACAUUAUUAAAAGGAAUAUCGUUGUCAUAUCAGUUUGUGUAAUAAUGUAAAAUCCUGUGAUAACCAAAAAGCUGUGUUCGUCUAAGCUUACAUAGCAACGUCGUCUUAAUUUUAAUAGCAAGAAAAAGGUAAGUACGAUGGAGUGAACCGAUUGUAAACGCAGUUUACAUAACAAUCGAAGCACUGAAUAGCAGAGAUGCAUGUGGUUCAAACGUUAAUACCGGGUGGAGUUUGUUACUAAAUUCCGAGAAGUAGUAGGUAGAAUUGCUGCCUUUUAAGUAAAGACCUCUUCUUUAUGCUUACUUCGAAAGAUGGCAACACAUGUUCCCGAGACAUUUAUGUUAGGUUUAUGGGACAAAUACCCUAUAGACAGAAAAAGGGUGGUCAUGGAUUGUAAAACAAAAGUCAACAACCCAUGACAAUAAGUCAGUACCUGGACCGGGGCGAGGCGAUUCGUCCUCAGCUCGUCAAACAAGGCCAUUCCUACCAGCAACAGGAAAAUGUUGCUUUUCGGUCUGGUCGUCUGACUUACCCUACGUAGUUAUCACUCCUAUCUGCAGACUUACACCGUCUCUAUAACACUAUGUGCUAGGUUAUAGUUUAAUUGGAAUAGGGCCAGGUAGACCUUCGUAUGCCAGAGGUCAGGCUCUACGUAGUAACUUAACAAGCGUUUAAUUACCAGACAAUGUCUCCUACACUGCCAUAUAUUUAUAUCACAAAAAGUUAAUGCCGAGUAGCUUUGCUGUUUUUACCAUCUAAAGCGUGCCUUCCCGUGAAUCAGUAGUUUAUAUCAUAGAACUGACCUGCGUCAAAGGAAACAAAUGAAAACUGCACCCCGAAAAACCAGCCCACCAAAAAUUGUCUUCCUCUGUUUGCAACGAUUUUCCAAAAUAAAUGUAAAGAACUUCACUUAAUUGUAGUCAUAAUAGGCAGAAUGCUCAUCUGCAUUGCAAAAGUCUAACUCAUGCAGUUGUUGUAUCCUGGCCACGAAGAUUACAGGACGUCUUAUGGUGCUUGUUUUUGGAGGAUUAAAUGUUUGUCUUGAAUGCUUUUUUCGACGAAAAGCUUAUUUUUUCUUACUUUCUUUGACUUCAGGUAGAGAUUAUUACUGAUGAGAGGAAACUAUAGGAUUAUUUAAAAUGUCUUUUUCGUAGAAUAAAUCUGAACAAGAUAUAAUGGUGAAAUAAAAAGAAGUAGAACGCAAGAAUAGAGACUUCCUGUACUACCGAUGGCCUUGCGCUAAACUCCGGUAGGUUACUGUUAAGGGUAGGAGAAUAAGGGUUAGGAUUAUGGGAGUUAGGGUCAGCGCACGGGAAUAUGCGUCCCCCUCCCCGUAAUUUAGCGCAAGGACACCCGUAGUACGGAGGUCCUUAUUCCCGUUUCAUACCUAAAGAGGAUUUAAGGGUGUCAUUCCUUUUGGCGAUCUAUUACUCGACUAAAAAUACGGCGCUUUCAGACAGCCUAAGGCAUGUAACCAAGUGACGUUUUAGAUCGUUAGUAAUUGUGUAAGGCAUCGCACAGCUGGGUUAUGCUAAUAAAUUCAGCUUCUUUCACUGCGUCCUAUUAUUAUCUGUGACUUCAACUACAUUCGUCACACUCAAAUGAAUAAAUUUUGAUAACCAAUACGACGGUUAAAUAAAAUGUAUUAUGGACCAUGGCAUAUUUCAGCUCGCCGAUCAGGUUACGGAAAAUGCUCGUCCCGUUGUGUCUUGAGACUCACACUAGAACCUCCGCAGACAGCUAUACAGCGGCUAAUAGUACAGUGCGUGACCGAUCUCAUGAAAUGUUGGCCAAAAUUCUGGAAUGAGUUUUCGAUUAGGAAGGACUACUUUAUUGGGGUUGUUAUACUGAUUACCCUGCAGCAUAACCUUAUAACAUUUCGGACUCGCCAGGAUGUCGGCUUUUGAAUGCACUUCUUUUUGACCUCCUGUAGAAACCACAUUCGGCAAAAAUGACUACUUAUUUAGCAUGCAUUUUUCCCAUUGAUUUUUGAUGGUCUUGUAAGUUAAAAUAUAUUUUAUGGAAAACAUGCACAAAAUAUGCUUUAUUCUGCUCAUUUGGUAGGAAAUCGUAUAGUCUUCAAAUUUUAUGCCUGAUCAAAGUGCGUAUUUAGAUUUUCAAUAAGUUUCCCAAUUCUCGAAUAAUUAUCAGCUGGAUCUGCCAUUGCAUCAGCGUUUAACAAUUUUAGUCUACAAGGUGCACGCUUUCCCCGUAAGGAAAAUCAUAUAUUCCUAUAUGUCUUUAGGAAGAUACCACAUACAGCUCAUGAAAUUUUGCAAUGGAUCCGAACCGUGUUGUACAUUUCAUGAGGAACAUAAGUAAAUGGACAUGUGCGGUCUUGCAUGCAUGGACAUCGCACAGUCUUAACAAUCUCAUAAUUAUAGACUUUCUAAAAACCUAAAUAUGCACUUUCUUCGAGCAUAAAAAGCGAAGACUAUAUGAUUUCCUACCAACUGAGCAGAAGGAAGCAUAUUUUGUGCAUGUUUUCUGUAAAAUAUAUUUUAACUUACAAUACCAUCAAAAAUCAAUGGGAAAAAUGCAUGCUAAAUAAGUAGUCAUUUUUUGCCGAGUGUGGUUUCUGCAGGAGGUCAAAAAAAGUGCAUUCAAAAGCCAACAUCCUGGCGAGUCCGAAAUGUUAUAAGGUUAUGCUGCAGGAUAAUCAGUAUAACAACCCCAAUUAAGUAAUCCUUCCUAAUCGAAAACUCAUUUCAGAAUUUUGACCAACAUUUCAUGAGAUCGGCCACGCACUGGGUAACAAUCGGGAGAUGACACCCAAAAGUCUGCCUAACCAAAGCAGCCUGUCUUACGGGACAGGUGGUAAUAGGGGUUUUAUGGGUUGUGGCUGGUCGGAAUGUACGAUACUAGCCGACAGAAAGUCUUACUUGAACAGGUGAAUGAUCGAAAUUGGCCCGCUCUCCGUUCCGUUAUUACAAAAUGGGUCGCCAAAGGCAAUAUAAUGGUAACGGACGAGUGGAAGGCGUAUAAUCUUUUUCCCUCAGAAUGUUAUCUACAUUUCUCUGUUAACCACUUAAAGAACUUCAAGGACCCUACCACCGGACGGCACACCAAUGCCAUUGAGGCAUACUGCAGUAGACUGAAAAUGAAACUCUAUAAGGGAGGCCCUAUAUGUGGUCGAGCUGUGUGGGCUCACAUUGAGGAAGUACAGUAUCUUCUUUGGUUUGAUCUCAAUGCCAUGUCUUUGCCAGAUGCCUGGGAACUGUUCCUGACCCAUCUUGGGCAGACCUAUCCUAUUUAAAAAUGAUUUUGUUUUGUAAUAAACUGCCAUAAUGCGAAUGUAUGCCGUAUAUUCAGGUGUAGGUGUGUAACGAUGGGGGAGGUUGGGUAACGGCGACCAUCGUCCAUGUAACCUCCUGCGAUGUUCGUUCGGCCAGCGCAUGUUAGGCCGUUGGGGAAAGUCCAAGUACUGCGUGAAAGUAAACCUGCAACAGUUGAUAUAGUCUGAAGGCGUUUGAGUUCACUGUUAAAGGUAUUAUUUCUAGGUAACGGAUUUUUGGGUGCCAUAUCCCGAUUGUUACCGUGUCACGCCCCAGUACCAAAGGCCCCGGGUCCGAAUCUCAGGUGAUCCCCACUUAGGGUUAGCUAGUAGGCCAGAAAUGGUCAUUCCGGACUCAAAUGUUUCUGUUGGACACCUCAUGUCUUAACUAUUUUCUUUUAUGAUCCUUACCUCAAGAGAAACACUCAGGCCUUAAAUCCUUGAACGCGUGUUUUAGCUGAUGGAAGAGACUGUAGUAUUUGGCAUUCGUUUGAGUUGGGUUUAUCUGGAUAGAAGGAGUGGAGUGUUUAAAAUCUUUUUUGCAUUGUUGUCGGAGCAGAUUGUCUGUUCUUGAAAAGGGUACUUGCCGGUCAAUAAGGAACACAUGUUAAAAUGUAUCUUUCUGAAGAGAUAGGUCAGUUGCCCAGGGGAAUAACCGUUUCUCUGGUUGUCUGACCUGAAGGCUUCUAAAUGGACUUGACAUCUGUCAUCCGAAAAAUACUAAUAUGCACGGAUUAGCUGUCUUUAACCUCGAGUCUUUAUGACAGAUGUCGCUAACUGACCGACUGGACUAAUCAGUAACAAAGGUUUCUGCGGUUCAGCAUUUUGCAGCCUUUGGGUGGUAAAGAAACAAGAUUUGACAGACUAACCUCCCUCCCCCUAAAUUUCGUAUGUUUAAUUUCCUAUUUGGCAACAGAAGGGAGUUUGCCUAGCAAUCCAGAGUCAAACGCUUCUCUCAUGAUUGUAACGACGGAGGUAAGAUAAGUCAGCUGUACCAAACAUUUUUUAUGGGCUAUCAUUGGAAGUUUGAUGCUUCUUACUUUUUUCCCAAGGCCCCAUCCAUGUAGACUGGUCGUAUUAGGAUAUGAACGUCUCCUAUGAAACAAAAUCUCAAAUUUUUGUGGAAGAUGUACAUGAGGUUUUAUGUGUAACCUCCUUUACCAUUAAUGCAGCGCUGAGUAAUGGUCGGCCGAAAAAAUGUAUAUUCGGGGUCAUAGCAUUGUGCAAUUUUGUUGGUAUACGUCGCUACGUACUAACUAGACCCGGUCUUUUUCAACGCCUUGCUUCACAGAGUGCUAAAAGCCCUUAAAAAGUUGGACUGGACUCGUUGCGCCGACCGCAACUCUGAGCACUGUGUUAUGAAAUGGACAGAAACGGUGCUUCAGGUCAACUAUCAACUGUUCAAAGAAGGGGAGCUGAUGGUAAAGUCUCUGUGCUUAUCGAACUUUAUUCGUAUAUUUUUGUUUAUACAGAGAAACAAGAGCCUUGUUCUCCUUGUUGUCUCUUUAAGUAUCACAAGUUUUUGCCUUUAAGCUGAUUAUCGAGACAUUCCGUGCACUUUAAAGACGCAGUCGCUAAAGUGGAAAAAUACUGCUUAGUUGAUCAUAAGUGAUGUCGGAUAUCCUUACCUCUACAAGUAUUCUUCUUAAAUGAUUGCAUACAAGUAAGCACACAGUCGUUUUCAGACUGCAUGUGUAAUUAAAGCACCUGGAGCUGUUAAGGGGGAGGAAUAAUAAUGUGCGGAGCUUAGUCGGUCGUAGUAAUUUUCCCGAAGAAAUUUAACUACAUGUACACUUACACAGGCCUGAUGUGGAUUUGCUGUAAGUUAUCGUUCGAUUACUCACCCGCUAUGAACAGUGUCAGAUAUUGUUUUCAAUGAUGAUCGCAGAUGGCAUGCAACGUCUCUGUUUCUAUCCCACACUGAAAGCAGGCAAAGAGUUAUGACGGCGAAGGUCCGCACGGAUUGGCAGAAUGGUGUAACUUGAAUGAGCGGGAUAAUGUGUUGGAGAAGACGGUGGAAUAGAGUCCUAUUGGCUCGUACGCCGGUCAGUGGCUUCCUUUGAUUAGGCGUAGCACGUUCCCGCAACCUUUUGGUUACCCACAAUGGCCUCUUAUGCUGACCUUAAACAAGAACUGGUAUAAUCUCUAGUCUUACUGUUCAUGCUGUCUGUCCAACGCUUAAUGUGCACAAAUCAGAAACUGCAAUAAACGGAAGUUCUGACUAUAGGCUAACGGGCGACAUGCGUCGCUGUUAGACCCUCUCGAGCUUUGUGUUGGAUACUGUCUGUAGAAGUGGGCACUAGAUCGUAGGUCUGGUCCUUUCUGGUACCUUCGCAAGCUGUCAACUAUACUAGUGCCUGUUUUUCGCUUUACCCUAGCCAACUUUUAAGUGGACUACCGAGUCUCCGUUAUGAGGUUAGGGACGACAUUUGUUUUGUUAAUUUAUGAUAAAAAUGUGUGUACAAAAAUACUCGGGUAGGCAGUCUUACCUCCUUGCGGUCAUACAUUUUAUCGUCCGUCCGUGGCGGUAGGGACGGAAUCUUCAAUUUGCUCUCCGAAUAAGUAUACAAAUUCUUUCCGGUAAUUACGUUAGCACCAUGCACUUAGGUUUAGCAGACGUGGUGUUGUAUUGCCGUCCCCAAGGUCAUCCGUGCAGUUCCCGGGACAGAUGACAGCUUGGGGAGCAAGUGUCAAGGACUUUCAACGGCAUAUUCGCAUGCUCCAGUUGCUGCGCCCAAUAUCGCCACUAGGAUACAGGAUCUGUUCUACCAGGUGCCAUUACCUGAUUUUUGUUAACUAAAAGGGCAACGUGGCCCUAAAUACGAUGGUAUAUAGGACGGCAAUCAGUACAUGCCAAAUCCUAAUUUGUCACAGUAGCCUUCAUGCGUCAAGUUUGAAAUCCUGAAGUGCGACGGACGACAAUGCGACCUAACACAGGUGCUUCCGAGCCCGCUUUUCGGCUACCUGCGAAACCUUGCCAAUCUCAGCUAGACGGCUCAGGACACUGGAGGAUCCAAGGCAUAAUAUGAGUUUAAUGUUCCAAACACGCAAAAAUAAGGCUGAACACUCCUCACCUUAUUGGAAGGUUAUAUGGGUGCACUUUGAUCCCAAAUCUCGGUCUUUCAGUGUGAGACAAUACGACUUGGCCGAUACGAGCUGCAUACCCGCUUCCAUCAAGCGGGAGCUGCCAAGGCCAGACCGUCUCCUCGUGCGCUGGCACUGGAGGCGGGGGAAAUGCCCAGACUAUAUGACCUUCAGAGCCGUCCACCGAAAUCGAGAGCCCAGAAGGGAGAAGCGAUUUGUGGCAGGAGGAGGCGGAAGUGUACGACAAAAGUGGAGAAAAAGAGGCCUUUGAAAGGCUUAGUGGGGCAUGAAAUAUAGGCAUGUGUUAAGUUAGAUGCAUGUAAUUAUUCACCGCAAUGACAACACAGGUACAAGCUAAAAGCCCAGAAACGCGUGUUUCGCCGACCAUGUGCCGCUGGCUGACGCAGCUGCGAGGGGCCCGGCUCAUCAAUUGGUCCCCCAACCUUCCCCGUGUAUUUUCUGAUAAUAUGAACUCCAGUUUCACCUUGCCUUGUUUAAUUUCCGAGGAAAUUAAUGUGGAACUUGGAGCAAAUCCUUCGGAACAUAACUUUUCAGCCAUGGUCCAAAAUUUGAUAUGAAUAUUUGAGCUGAAACCUAUUAGCUACUGCGGAAUAACCGCGUAACAUUCACAGACUGCCCACAGGCAGCCAGUAGUAUAGAUCCGUGCAAUUAUUUACUUUACUGACGGCAGAGGUACUAGUUAAAAGCCCAGACACGCGUGUUUCGCCGACCAUGUGCCGCUGCCUGACGCAGCUGCGAGGGGUUGGGCUCAUCAAUGGGUCCUUCAACCUUCCCUGCGUGUUUUCUGGUAAUAUGAACCACAGUUUUACCUUGCCUUGUUUAAUUUACUCCAAGUUUGCGGAAAUUAAACAAGGUAAGUUAGAUGCUCAUGUUCUCGGUUUUUUGUUCACACACCUUUCCGUGGAGCAGUCGCGAUAUGUCCAGUCCAGCUGCCUUUUACUGACUCCAUAUGUACAUGCCUUACCGUCCGUCCACCAGUGCAUGUUUUCAGCCUUCACCACGAAAAUGCAGUCCGGUUUUGCUGGCCUUGAUUAGGUGAGGGUGUGGGGGUACAUAAAGUGCAGCCUUUUUCUCGCCUGACCGCUCGUUGACCGUGGGCGUGCUUGGCUGGAAACGGGGCCGCCCCAUCCGAUAGGGUAAGGGCAGCGCGUGAGAUGUAGAGGCAGAUCGAUAUGUUAAUCCUCAACUGUGAUAAAGGAGAAGAUAGGUAAACGAGUCCAGUUCGACACUUUAGGCAUUGUCUCCUCAAUGCUUUUUUUGCAUACGGGCCUUCCUAAUACCAGCACGUGCAUGUUUGGAACCCUCAUAUUAGGGUAGUAGUGUCUCAGCUGCGUACUGAUGAUGUGUACUUACUUUGUAUAAAUAAUUUCAUCCUAAUGAAUAAGGAAAUAGAGAAGCCGAAGAUUGUACUGCAUAAUUAUCAACAGCAGCAGAACCAUUAACGGCUCCACACUUUUAUCAAUCUAAACGCAUUCCUCAAUAUCCCUCCUAUUCCUCUUUAAGCAUGACAAAAAUGUCAGUCCUUAGUUAGGCUUUUGCAAAAAAGUUUGAAAUCACACCACGCAUGAUACUAUUCCGCGAGACCGUGCAGCAUUAAGCAGAUGGGUAAGAGAAAAAAAUGUUUUAGUGCAUGUUCUCUACAAAUUAUUCUGGAAUUUAUGGGGCAUCGAAAAUAGGUGGGAGAGUUUCAUGCUACUUAAGUGGCCGUAUUUUAGGGAAUAUGGUUUACACAGGCGGUCGAUAAGGAGCUCGCCGGCAUCCUGACGUAACUGGGAUAUCUUCGUACUAUGACGAAUGAUAAUUGCUUAACCUACUUAAGUGGUCUCCUCGGAUUGAAUAUACAUUUCAGAAUUCCGGUUAACAUUUCGUGAGGUAGCACAUCUACUGUAAACUGUCGUGCCGAACGGUUCCUGCGACAUCUCGCCAACGAUCGUUAUUAAUUCCUCUGUCAGACUUUCAUUUCUGUCUGAAAGGUUUGAGCCUGGAGUGCAUCCUCCAGGUAAAGAAACUUGUAGUGCCUCCUUUCGGUAGCAAUAUUUUCAGGUUAACCAAAAUAUUUCCACGAAGUACAGUCACGAAGGAAGAGUUCGACACGAGCUCCAUACCCUUCGAAUAUCCGAUCGAAAAGUGCAGUUACGUUUUGAGGAAAUAGUAGCACACGCCGCACUUCAUGAAAAACAUUCCCUAGGAACAUUUGAUGGAAUUUCAUGUAUAUCCCCUCAUUUUUCUGUUGUAUAUAGGAUACUGAAUAUUAGCUGCCUCCGACAAAAGUAGUCUUGUUUCCGAGGACUCGUGCAUGCAAUUCUGUUGGGGCACACAUUGACACGAAAACCUCCUAACGCUUGAUCUUUUAGUCUUUUUACCUCUGAAAAACUACUGCAUAACUAAGCGGAAUUCCCAAGAACAGACUGCUUCUAACUAUAUUAUGGGCGUCGUCGAGUUCAGGUCCAGAGACGGUUCCAAAACUUUGUUUCAAUGCCACAAAUACUCAGAGUCAUUUUUGAGAGUAUCUGCCAGUGAAACUGAUCCUUUUGGCAUUAGUUCCUUUUUGUAAUUGUACCGCCUGAGGCAGUAUACUGACAAGCAAUAGUUUGUAAACUGGAUGAGUUUUGUUCCUGAAUCUUGUUAAAAGUGUUCAGCCGUUGACAGUUGUUCAGACCGAGAUAGGCACGCAUUUGCGAAUGUUGUUCAAACUGCCUACUUUAGUUGCUGUCAGCCCACGCCGAUUAUCCACACCAAAGGGUGAGAACAGCGGCUUUGUUCAGCCGGCCAUUUAUUAUCUCCACUAGUUUACGCUUGUUUCUUCCGGGACUAGAUUUUCCUGCUGUGCGUCUGUAAAAUUUCGAGAGAGGUUGCAGCUUGGGAUCUGGCACAUGACACCGGCUAAUCCAUGAUCCACGUGAAUCUAUUCAAUAUUGCAGCUUUUGGUCAAUGAGCGACGCCCACGCCAAUAUUCAUGAAAAUGUCUUCUGCCGUCUGAGGUGUAUUUCUGAUAUGCGACUUUGCUGAAGAUCAGCCGGUAUUGUUUACGACGGUUCGGAAAUAAGUUAUCGAAUACUGUUAGUACGUGUAUUUCCACAAUUGCAACCGAACUCCGAAAAUAUCGGUUUCACAUUCAGAUGCAUGUUCUCAAAUGCUUCCAAAGGGGGGAGGGCGAUUAAGCAUUAGGACUGGUAUGCUAACAUUAAACGUUCUGACGUGUCUUCCGGAGACUUUUAUGUCGAUGUAUACGAUUUUGUAUAGCCAGUGCAAUUUUUCAGCCCACAGACGUUUACAAUUUCUGUUUCGCACUGUCCCUAUAAAAGGUCAACCACAUACCAAACUGCGGACUUCUAACUAACAAACUCGGUAUGUUAAUGAGUCUUCGACAGUAUGAGUAUGCCUGCCGAAAUUCCUCUACGGGUGUUAAGAAGAAGUUCAUUCCGAUGAAGGACUUCGUCCCAGAAACCUACUGCAUCGACGAUGCGCGGGAUCGCGUCCAAUUUCUUUCAAUUCUGAGAGGUCAGCUUCUUAAAAAAUUGAAUUACGGUCUUUUUUAAUCCGAAAUAAAUUUCCCACCAGCGGGAGGCCUUCAGAAAGGGAAAGUGGUAGUCUAAUUACGUCUAAGACUCGGCCAACCCGUCUUGGUUAUCUAAAUUAUCAAUACUUGAUAGAGAUGCCAUAAGUGGAUCAUUGUGGAUGUACUGGAGGUAGAUGGACGCGUGAAAGCCUAGAAAUUUCCCAGGGGAGUUAGUUAAAUAUGUCACAUCUGGACGUUAACAGGAUGCUUGUGUACACCUCGUCUCGACUACAUGAAUAAAAAGACAAAUUAUUUAGCACUUCAGACCGUCUGUUUGCUCUAUUAAACAGUUUUGUUUUUUUGUACAUGCUUCCCUAUAGGCGCUGCAAAAAGCUCUGUAUGAAUAUAAAACGUCAGUUAAUUCUUCAUCUUCGGGCUGUUGUAUGGUAGAACGGUCGGGCAUAUGCAUCCCCUUUCCGGUGCUACAGGUGGCAUCACGUUAAAUUCCAGGGAGGGUCCUAUUCCCGUGUCCUAACUUUAACCCUAACUCCAACCCUUACCCUCAUAAACCUAAAUCUAACACUGGCCCGCCUAACCCUUAUCCUAUCAUGCCUAACUUUAGCCCCACUAACCUUAAACUCAACCUCUACCCCAACCCCCACUAAGUACUGCGGGUAGCCUCGCGAUAAAUUCCAGGGGGUUCCUAUUCCUGUGUCCUAACUUUAACCCUAACCCCAACCCUCCUAGCCCCAAUCCUAACACCAAGCCUGGCUCGUAUGCCCCUGGAAUUCAAGACACAGCGACCUUUUAUACGUGGGGUGGGGGAGGGGGGUCAAUAUCACUGUGCCCAACAGAUAGAACUGCAUAAUUGAAGUCUACAUUACACUUUUCGGCCCGGUAAUCACUCCGGCAUGUGUCCAAUCUACUAGUUUCCUGACUUGAUCCUUAUGACCCGUUUCAUGUGACAAUUAAGCUCCCCAACGGAAUGGAAAAAAAUAAAUCCUUAUAUAAAGAUAUCGGAAAGGAGCUCACCUUCUGGUACCAAUGCUAAUAUAACUAAAUCAUCACACACCAAUACUUAAUACGGUUUUUUCAUUUCUUUUUCUGUCGCAAUUCUGAAAAUGCUUUUGACCAGACUGUCGUUCACGAAGACUCUCGGAUAAUCCUAGGUAAACCGUGAAAUGGUCGAAGUUACCAUGGUGAAUACGGUUAAAUUUAAGGUUCUCAGUCGGCGUUUUUUACUGAUUAAAUCGAUUAUCUGGGGACUACAAUAGCUGCCAACGUCAGUCAGUUUAUUGUAAUGCUGUGAACGAACUUACAUCCCGUUUUGACAGAUGGUCAAGUAUGGAUCUACAAGCCAAGUGGGAUGAACCAAGGCAAAGGAAUCCAAUUGAUCAGGGGAAAAGCUGAUUUUGAAAAGCUCCAAGAAGACUGUGUGGAAGAGUGGCGUCGGAAUCCAGGUUCUGUUCGACCACGCAUACUUCAAAGGUAAUUGGAAUUUAGGUCAAUUGAUAGUUGUUGCAUGCAUUUCUUGGCGUAUGUCCUAGGCUGAUUCCAUGAUCGAAUACUUAUCGCAUACGGGUUGAGAUUUCGGCUUCUUCGUAUAUUAGAGUACUGCUUCACAUACAAUACUCAAAAUCUCAAUGGUAAGGCAUGGGAGAAGUCCGGUGUCAGAGGAACUACACCUCCGGAGCGGCCUUCAUUAAAUUUGCUGAUUUUCCGUUAAAAGAUACUUUCCUGAAAUUCUUGUGUUUAUAUCUUUCGAUCAAAGGUAUAUCGACAAACCCCUGCUGCUAGACGGAAGGAAGUUUGACAUUCGAUGUUAUCUACUCAUUGUCAGUUCAAUGCCCUUCCUGGUCCUCUUCCAUCCUGGCUAUGUUCGGGUCUGCACACGCAAAUACGAUGUCAACAGCCCCGACCUCCUAGUGCACCUGACCAAUCAGGUAGGAUUAUGGUUAUGCCUCUAUCAACCUUUUUAGCUGUUGUAUUACUACAAACCCUCUAGAUAAUCGGACCCUCCGCUUGCGAUUUUUACAGUAUAUCCAGAAGAAGGAUCCAAACUAUUCCAAGCUCAAAGAGGACACGGUUUGGAGCAUGGACCGUUUCAACGAAUACAUUAAUGCCCACUAUGUUGAAGAAAAGAAGAUUGAGAAGGAUUGGGCAAAGACGACACUCAUGGCAAGUUACCUGCACAUAAUUUCAUGA